AUGCUCGCGCUGCCGCCGGGCGUCGGCGGCGCGGACGGCGCCGGCGGCGAUCGGGGCGGCGGCGCGGCGGCGGGCGGAGGAGGAGGGGGAGGGGGAGGCGGCGGCGCGGGGCAGCAGCAGGCGCGGGAGGCGGCGGCGGCGGCGCAGCUGGCGGCGGUGGCGCGGGCAGAGGAGGACGGGCUGGUGCUGGCGCUGCUGCGGCGGAUGGACCGCUACUUCCCGCUGCUGUGCGAGCAGAUCGGGCUGAUCUCAGAAAAGUACCAGGGCGAUCUGAUUCGCCAGCUGGCGGCGAUCUCGAUGAUCUGGUACCACCACACCUCCCAGCACCUGGCAAUGGCCGGCCUCGGCGCGCUGCUGCGCCUCGCAACCACGCUCGCCGCGCUGCGCCACGCGCGCAGCGCGGGCGGCGGUGGCGGGGGCGUCGGAGGGACCGAGCACUGGGCGCUACUCAUCGACCUGGUGUCACAGGCGGCGAAGGAUGACGUGGCGACGGUCGUGGCGCUCGCGCGGCAGCAGGCGGCGGCCGUGGCCGCGGCCGCGGCGGCGGAGCAGCAGCUGGCGGGCCCCGCGAGCGCGGUGCCGGGACGCCUGGCGGAGGGGGCGGGCGGCGGGAGCCCGGGGGGCAGCCCGCGGUCGCCGGCGGCGUACGCGGCGCGGCUGCUGGCGCAGCAGCAGGGGCAGCAGCCAGGGUCGCCCGGCGCGCGGUUCGGCGCGGCCGGCGGCGCGAGCGGCGCGAACGGCGGGCUCGAGCGCGCGCGCCGCACAAGCGCGCCGUCAAACGCGCCCGCGCCGCCGCCCCGCGGCGGCGCCGUCGGAGACGCUGCGCUGCGCACGCUGCGCGUGCGCGCGCGUCAGCUGGUGCUGCUGCUGCGGGCGCUGGGGGAGAUGCACGCGCGGUGCCUGGAAGAGCUGUCGUGGGACGCCCAGAUGCGGCUGCUGAGGGUCCUCGGGGACACAGUGGCGGCCGCUAUGGCCUUCAACGCAGAGGCCGCGGCCGGCAGCGCGCGCCAGGGCGGCGGCGACUCGCAGCAGCAGCAGCAGCAGCAGCAGCAGCAGCAGCAGCAGCAGCAGCAGCAGGCGGGCGCGGGCAAGAGCGCGCCGCCGCCCGCGGCGGCGGCGGCGGCGGCGGAGCCGAGCGGCAGGGGGUGGUUGGAUGCGUCGGGCCUCGCAUCAGCCCAGUCUGCCACCAGCAGCAUCAGCGUGACGGGCCUGGUGGAGGGCGGCACCUCCUUCAGCGGAAGGGCGCCCACGCUGUCGGAAGGCGGCGCGGCGGCCGCGGCAGCGGCGGCAGCGGCGGCGGUGACAGCGACGGGCGGCGGCGGCGCGGCGUCGGACGGCGGGGCGGCGGCCCGGGAGGGGCCGCAGCAGCGGCCGGUGUUUGCGGGCGGCGGCGCGGGGCCGUCUGCUGAGAUAGAGGCCGCGGACCCGCUGGAAGACGGGGAGCAGCAGCAGCAGCAACAGCAGCAGCAGCAGCAGCAGCAGCAGCAACAGUCCGCAGCGGAGGGGCGGGCGAACGCGGUGGCUCCGGCAGACCCGCCCGCCCGCAGCUUGCCGCCCGACCCCGCCGCGGCCGAGCCAGGCGUGGGCCUCUCGGUUGUCGCGACCCGCGCCGCGCUGGGCGGCGGCGGCAGCGGUGCCGGCGCCAGCGGCGGCAGCCCGCGGGCGCGGCGCGGCGGCGCGCCCGAGCUGCUGGUGGGCAGCGCUGAGAGCUGCGAGGUGGUGGGCCUGGCCCUCAUGAGGCUGGAGGUGGAGGGCGGCACGCAGCUGAUCCAGGGCCUGGUGCGCAGCCUGGAGCGCGGCGACCCAACCCCGGAGCAGGCCGCCGCCGCGCGUGCGCGCCUGCAGCAGCUCUGCAGGGACAUCAUAUCCGCGGAGGCCGCCAGCAGCACGAGCCUCGGCGGCGGCGGCCGCCAUCAGCAGCAGCAGCAGCAGCAGGCGGCAGUUGGUGGUGUCAAGGGCAGCAGUAGUGGCGGGGACGAUCCGAUGCGGGACAUCCUGUAUGGCACCAGCUGGGAGCAUGCGGUGCGGGCCCCCCUGGUUGAGCUCGCCCUCGACCUCCUGCGCGGCAUGCCCGGCCCCGACCUGCGCGCCGAGGUGCGCGCCGCGUUCCCCGCGCUCGCGCGGCUGGUGUGCAGCAACCACGUGCUGCUGCGCGGCGCGCUCGCGCGGCUGAUGGGGGCGCCGGAGGUGCUGGAGAUGGUCGCGGCGGCGGCCGCGGCGGGGGUGCCGGUGCCGCCAGCAGCGCUGGCGGCAGCGCCGGCAGCGCCGGCACGGGUGCCUCCGGGAGCACAGGAAGCGGCGCCGCAGGCGGCGGUGGCCGCAAUAGAAGCGGAGGCUGCCCUGCUGCUGUAA